AUGAAUCAGGUCUACGAGUUGCUCGACCGCGGCUAUCUCCCCGACGUGGUGCUGCGUCGGGCGAUCCGUCUGCUUAACGCCCAGCGCAUUCGCAGCCUCGCCAAACCCGAAGACGACUUUGGCAAGCAUGUCGCCAUUAAGAAGGAGUACAUCCGCUCUCUCAAGACGCGCGAGAUUGCUAUCGAGCAGGACAAGGCCAACGAGCAGCAUUACGAGGUUGACACGGGCUUCAUGCUCAGCUGUCUCGGCAAGCGUGUCAAGUACUCGUGCUGCCUCUACGAGACGGGCAAGGAGACGCUCGACCAGGCUGAGGAGGCCAUGCUCAACUCGUACUGCGAAAAGGCCGGCCUCAAAGAUGGACAGGACGUGCUCGAUCUGGGAUGCGGAUGGGGGAGUUUGUCCUUGUAUCUGGCCGAGAGGUAUCCCAACUCGCGCAUUCGAGCGCUGUCCAACUCACGCACGCAGAAGGUCCACAUUGAUUCGAUCGCAGCUAGCCGCGGCUUCAAAAACAUCGAAGUGCACACCGGCGACGUCAAGACUUACUCCUUCCCCGAAGGCUGCUUCGACCGCAUCCUCAGCAUCGAGAUGUUCGAACACAUGAAGAACUACGCCGAGCUCUUCCGCAAGGUCUCCUCCUGGCUCAAGGAUGGUGGUGACUCGCGCCUGUUCAUCCACAUCUUCUGCCACCGCACAACGCCGUACCACUUUGAGGAGGAUGACGGAUGGAUGGCGCAAAACUUCUUCAGCGGUGGCACCAUGCCCUCCUUCGACCUCUUCCAGCACUUCCAGCAGCAUGUCACCCUGGAGGAUACGUGGUGGGUCAACGGAAACCACUACGCAAGGACGUGCGAGGACUGGCUCAAAACCCAAGACGCCAACCAGAGGAAACACGACUCGAUCAAGGCGCUCAGGAAGGACGCCGCCAAGAAGGGGAGCACCGAGAUCGAAGGCGAAAAGACAUUCUACAGAUUCAGAAUCUUCUACCUGGCCUGCGCCGAGUUCUUUGCUACCAACGGCGGCAACGAGUGGGGCGUCGGUCACUACCUCUUCUCCAAGAAGUAA